AUGCGAGCAGCUGCGGAGAAAGGAAUCAGUAAAGAAGACGCAGCUCGAUUCCGCCGCAGAUGUCAGCAGCUCAUCAAAUUCGCCGAACAGCUCAAAGCUCAGCUACCAGCCUCUUCACCGUCACCGGCCAACAAUGGCCUAGGUCUGUUGCAAGGCGCUUCACGACUUCACGGGAACGUUUACCCGCCCUGGAGUCAUGACCCUCUAGAUGCUGAGUUUCAACUUGGGCCUGACUCGAAACCAUUUAUCGAUGAUACCGUCUUUCCACUUUCCGAAGACCAAGUAGCCAACUUUUUGGCAUGGCACAGGCCACAUGAGCUCUUUGGUCCCUUCUCUGCCGGCCAGGAUGAUGAUCUUAUGACUGAAAGCACGAGGCUCGACUUGGUGCAGGACAUUACUACCGAUUGUUCAGUCGUCGCCAGUCUUUCUGCCGCUGCGAAGAUUUGGACUGGGAAGCAUGCAGUCCUCUCCACGAUCAUGCAUCCAUUUGAUCACGAAAGGGGCCGGCCCAAGCUUUCUCCCUCUGGAAAAUACAUCUUCAGGCUAAAUUUCAACGGCUGUGCUCGUCGAGUCACAGUAGAUGAUCGGCUGCCAGCUUCCGGCACAGACCGGGCCCUCUUUGUUAUCAAUCGACAAAAUCCUUGCUUGCUAUGGCCGGCGCUACUCGAAAAGGCCUACCUCAAAGUAAGAGGUGGUUAUGAUUUUCCCGGUAGCAAUUCGGGCACUGACCUUUGGGUCCUUACCGGUUGGAUACCCGAGCAACUAUUUCUCCAAAGCAGAGAAGCUUUUGAUAUAGACGAGACAUGGAACAGGAUCAAGACGGCUUAUGAAAUGGAGAAUGUCAUCAUUACUCUCGGUACUGGUCACAUCUCUGCCGAAGAAGGAGAUGUUAUGGGCCUUAUAGGGGAACAUGAUUAUGCCGUGCAAGACAUUGAUUCACUGAGUCGCAAAUUCUUGGUCAAAAACCCUUGGAGGCCCAAGUUUGACACCCCUUCAUCCGACCUGGAUAGCGGCAGCGCCAAUUCACCUUCGGCGGGUACCUUUUGGCUGUCUAUUGAGGAUAUCGCUCAGCAUUUCGAGUCCAUGUAUCUCAAUUGGAACCCUGUCCUGUUUACCCAUCGCCAAGACCACCAUUUUGCUUGGGACAUUCCCACUAAAGAUUUUGCGGCAUCUUUGGUGCGAAAUCCGCAAUUUUCAAUCGUUUCGCAGACGGGUGGAGUGGUAUGGAUCUUACUGAGCCGUCAUUUUGCAGAUGCCGAACUCGAAAUAGCUCGCAAUAAAUCUGGCUCUUUAGCAGCUGUGGCUAGCCAACUCGGCUUCAUGAGCAUUCUAGUAUUUGACAGACAAGGAUACAAGGUCCAGCUCAGCGAUGGGCCAACCUACUCUGGGCCAUUAGUUGACUCUCCCCAGACACUCGCGCGAAUUGAAAGCAGGGCUGGUAAAGCAUACACUGUUGUUAUCGAUCAACAGAACUUGGCGUUGGCCAGCUACACCUUCACGCUAUCUUUCUUUUCCAGUGGACCGAUUGAUGUUAAAGAAGCUGAAGAGAAGAUGAGAUACUUUGCAGAACAACAGGGCGCCUGGAAUAGACGAAACGCUGGAGGAAACUCGGGGUGUACGACAUAUUUUCUAAACCCCCAGUAUAAACUCUCGGUCUCUCAUGCCACCCCUAUAUCCGCCCUGCUAGCCACGGGCAAUAAAGAUGUCCACGUACAUAUUGAUCUGAUUUGGGCGCGAGGGAAACGUGCAAAUACAGUCAGGAGGAAAGACUUGGUCGUUUCAUCGGGCGAGUAUCGUCGUGGUUGCGCCUCUGCUGAGCUUGAUAUGCUUGAAGCGGGAGAUUAUACUUUGGUUUGCUCGACGUUUGAAGCACAACAGACUGCUGAUUUUACAUUACGAAUUGGUUCUAUGACACCGGUUACUAUGGAACCUAUCCCGGCUGAUACUGCAGGAAAACUACGAACACCUUUGCCACCAUUCACUUUGAGAGGAGAGGGGCAGCGUUGGAGGGCAUCUCUUGAUGCGACGUGGGUAACUCGAGCUAUUGCAUCUUUCCAAAGCUCGAUACCUUUGUCGGAAUCUUUGCAUUAUGAUACCCGCUCCCUACCCGCUUUGAUGGUCCGGAUCUUAAUUAUCGGUGGCCCAGAGUCACAAUCGCGUACUCUAGCAGAAUCAAAGGGUGGUGUCGAAGACUCAGGGGCCGUCAUUCGAUCACCCGAAUUCGACAUUGAGCCGUCUAAUACGAGCCACGGCCGCACAUAUCUAGUUGUUGAGAGCUUGUGGGAGCAUCGAGCAGCCCAAGAGCUUUGCGGCGAUAUAUUUAGCGACUCUCCCAUCCAAAUCGGCGACUGGGAGGCUUUUUGA